UAUGGUUCAUAUAUAUGCAAAGGAGAAUGUUUUAAAAAAAAAAUCAAAGCAUAAAAGAUGUGAAAAAUAUGCACAAAGCUGAAACAUUAACCAAGAAAGCUAACAGUUUAAUUUGUACUACAGCCAAAAGACUAACAUACAUUUGCAUAACUUUUUAUACUACAAUAAUCAGGCAAGCUUUAUCCAAAAGUUUGUAUUCUUUCCUUUAAUCAUAAUUGACAUUAUCUUGAGGUCAGUGAUUGUUUCUCCAUUACUUAUCUUGACUUAUCACUUCUUUGUGUGCACUGCCUUAUCAUUCUGUAAUAGUAAACUGUUGGUCUGCCUGUAUAAAAGAGGAUGCAUUACUAUCGGCACUAGUGUUAGAGUCUGCAGGUGAGUAUACCACAGCAUCAUAGACGUAUGAUAGCACUAUUGCACCAUUUCAUUUUGAAUGGUUCUUAAUGGAAUGCACUGAAUGAGUUUAAAUGUGUUCAACUCAUUUUCUUUCACAGUUGACGUCAGAGCUGAGACAAUGAAGUGGGCCAUUGUUAUUUGUGCCAUGGUGGCACUGUCUGAGUGCCUCUUCCAGGUCCCUCUGGAAAUAGGUAAGACAGCCAGGGAGACGCUGCUGGAGCAGGGUCUGUGGGAGCAGUACAGACUUAAGUACCCAUACAACCCUAUGGCCAAGUUUGAUGAACGCUUUGCUGUGGCCAACCAGCCCAUGACCAACGAUGCUGAUAUAAGCUACUUUGGAAAAAUUUCCAUUGGAACUCCUCCUCAGUCCUUCAAGGUUGUCUUUGACACUGGCUCGUCCAACCUGUGGGUUCCCUCAGUCUACUGCACCAGUGCAGCCUGUGAGAACCAUAAUGAGUACGAUCCUGCCAUGAGCAGCACCUACAGACAAAAUGGCCAAUCUCUUACUAUCCGCUAUGGCACUGGCAGCAUGACUGGCAUUCUUGGAUACGACACUGUGACGGUGGGUGGGCUCGCUGUGAGGAAUCAGAUCUUCGGCUUGAGCAAGACAGAGGCUGACUACAUGGAGUUCAUGCGUACUGAUGGUAUCCUGGGUCUGGCAUACCCAAGCCUGGCUGCUUCUGGCGCAACACCUGUCUUUGACAACAUGAUGAGUCAGGGCCUUGUCGACCAGGACCUCUUCUCUGUGUACUUGAGCCAUAAACCUGAGAAAGGAAGUGUGGUGACCUUCGGUGGUAUGGACCCCAACCACUACUCUGGUUCCAUCAGCUGGAUUCCCCUCUCAAAUGCACGUUUCUGGCAAAUCACAGUGGACAGUAUUACUAUCAAUGGUCAGGUUGUGGCUUGUGAUGGUGGUUGCCAGGCUGUUGUGGACACUGGCACUUCUCUUAUUGUCGGACCUGCGAGCAGCAGCAACAAAAUCAACCAGCUAGUGGGAGCUACCUUCGACCAGCAGCAUUUAACAUACAUAUUCAACUGUGACAACAUUGCUGAAAAGCCAGAUGUGAUCUUCCAUAUCAACGGACAGGAAUUCCCCAUCCCAAGUUCUGCUUACGUUCGUCAGACUAAACACUACGGCUGCAUUACUGGCUUUGGCAAUGGAGGAGACAAACUGUGGAUCCUGGGUGAUGUCUUCAUCAGAGAGUACUACUCCAUCUUCGACAGAGCCAAUAAUAGGGUCGGUCUGGCCAAGGCUAGAUAAGCAACCUGAAGUCACCCUUCCCAAGAGCCUUCUAUCAAUCAUAUCUAUAUCUUAGUGUUUUAGUAGGAUUUCAUGUCAGAAAUUCAAAUAAUUUCCUUGCCUUAUAA